CCUUUCAAAACGAAGUAGGUUCCCGCCUGCUGCCAGUGCCCUGUUCUUCUGUACAACGUGUUCUCCUUCUUCACGUUGCGAAUCUCUCUGGAUGGUUACCGACUAUUGAACCAAGAAAUUCAACGUUCCACAAUCAUCCAUUUCCCUGCCUGAGCUGCCCCCAAUCGCUAGCCUCGAUCAGACGUGCUCGUCGGACCCUCAGCAGACUUGCAGCAAAAUAUCAAGGCGUCACAGCCUGCACCUAGAUUAGACAACAAAGCAGACAGCUUGUCAAUAGCCUAUCGAGCCCCUACGUCAUCGUAGUCCCGCUUCCGGGACUCCUAAGACGUCAUUCAGGCACCUCCCACGUGGUAGAUCCUAUUAUUCGGAACCUUCAUCAUGCCGUCACGAAACGAACGCCACCAUAAGGCGUCGGCCGUUCACGACGACGCCGAGCCUUACUAUGAUGACCGCUUUUACGAUCGCCCGAGAGGGUCACGCCGCAUCUCCCGCAGCGUCAACGAUGCGGGUGGGGCAGGGCACCACCGAAGCAGGCGACACACUCCCAGCCCCGUCCGUCCUAGCCGCGGCCGGUCCGAGGACCACAGACACAACCGGCCUCCGGCCCGUCGGUAUGACGAUUACUCCGAUUACUCCGCCAGCGAGGAUGACCGGCACCGUCGGCGGGGACACGGUAAAAGCAGCCGACGAAAAGAGGACAAGACAUCUGGAUCCUCGAAAAGCGUGCAGAAUCGCGAGGCGGAUAAAGCGGCUAUACUGCAGGCGGCUGCAAGUGCUGCCGUUGUGGCUGGCGCGGCGGAGGCUUGGAGGAUGAGGAAGGAGAAGACAUCAUGGUCAAAGAAGGGAACAAGGAUGGCAACCGCCGCAGCUGGUGCCGCGGCCAUUGCGGCAUUCAACAACAGCGCCAACGGAUCGCACGGAGGCAAAGGCUCAAGCGGGAGCAAGAAGGAUGCCUUGCAGGCCACGAUUGGUGGCUUGUUGGUCAACCGUCUGACCAACAGUAGACGGAAGUAAAACAUGUAGUUGGAAAGGGAGGACAUGGGCAACCAUGGGGAUGGACACGAGUAUAACGCGAAAAGCUCAUUUGUUCGGAUUGAACAAGAGCUAUGGAUUUAUGACUUCAUAUACAUGUACAGCGAAGAUAACUGGAU